GAGAAUACGAACCUGACACUCACAGACACGACACCCAGUAGGAGAGGCGACAACAGAAAACGGAUUGGUUAGGAAGAAAGCGUGGGAGGAGACAAGAGGUGGGAGGUCGGAGAAGAGGCGAGAGGAAGUUAGGAGGCGAGACUCGAGAGGUACGCCAGUGUGAUUCUACCCAGCAAGGAAUUAGUACUGCUUGCUGGCUCGCUGUCUCAACCACGUCACCGCCACUCUGCCACACUCUCAGCUCUGUCCCGCGCUCACACCAAAAUAGAAAAAGGCGCGUGACCUCCGUGGGAUGAGAGAGAGAGAGAGAGAGAGAGAGAGAGAGAGGAGGAAGGAAGAAUAAGAGGCUAAAGUAAAAGUCUGAACAGAGAGAGAGAAAAAGAAAAAAAAAUCAACUCACACAUUGACAGAAAGACACCCGCUGCUAAAAACAACGAAAGACAAAUUAAGAGACAGAGAGAAAAAGAAAAUAGAAACAACAUUACCACUACAUCUCUCUCUAUCUCUCUAUCGUCCUCUCAAACACAUCCGGGUCACUAUUCCUCCUUGCUGCACUCCAACACUCCACGCGCCGCUCGCCUCCGCCUUUGGGAUGACGUUUGACAUUCUCCUGAACCCUUCGUCAGUAGUGCAGCCGCUGAGACCUGUGUGGAUCUUCCUGCUGCAGCUCUCCAUUCCUCUCGGGGACACGGAAAUUGAGGCCUACGAGUUUGCCUUCACUGUUCUCUUCUCCUUCCGCAUCCAGAUUCAGCUUUACGAAGUGUUCAACCCGACCAGAAGGAGGAGGAAGAAAAGAAGGAGCAUCCAGCAGGACCAGAGGGAGCUGCUGGGGCAGAUAGAGGAGAGCAUGGUGGCUGCAGGGAUGGAUGGACAUGCCUGCGUUUUACGGUUCAUUUGUGAGAUGCAGGCUAACAAAUUCUCCCACUCGUCCAUCUUCGGCGAGGUGCUCAAUCUGAUCUUCACACCCAAGCCAGGAGGGGACGCCUCAGUACUACAAGACUAUAUAGAAGCUGAGAUGGCGGGACAGUCUAUGCAGGAAGCCACUCUGAGGGACCCCAGCGUGACCCAAACACUGCAGCCCCCCACGUGCGCCCAGCAGUACUCCAGCUGCCCCGUCUCAAUGUUCGCUGCCCUCAGGCGCAUGCACGCACGCACUGACUCUGGCCACUCCACGCGUGAAGACAGACCUCACUCCUUCGCCACCAAUGCGGCGGGAGGAUAGUGAGGUGUGUGAAGAUGGUGGGGGUGGUGCUGGUGGUGGUGGUGGUGAUAUUGAUGAUGAUGAUGAUGAUGAUAAGGAUGACAAUGAUACUAGUAAUAAUAAUAAUAAAGAUAAUGAUGAU